CCCAAUCAGAGCCAGUAACAUCCAGCAUCCUCUGUUCCAGUGUCCAGACAUGAGCCCAUCUUCCUCUGUGCCCACAUCAGUUGAGUUGGUGAAACCAGCAGAUAUUAAAGUGAUCGCAGCACUGGGGGAUUCACUGACGACUGCAAUUGCAGCCAAUGCGUCCAGCGUUCUGGGAGUACCUGUUGAAUACCGCCAUGUUUCAUGGAGCAUUGGAGGGCAUGGGACAUAUCAAGAUGUUAUUACUCUCGCUAAUAUUGUGAAGCUCUUCAAUCCAGAUGUGCUGGGCCCUGCUCCUAUGUGGACCAUAAAUGGACAUCCUGCCCCUUUGGAGUACACAGGGUUCAACUUGGCUGUUACAGGACAUAACAGUCUAAACUUUUCUGAGCAAACAAGAAACAUGAUUGACACCUUCAAAAACUAUUCAGCCAUGAACUUCAAAGAGGACUGGAAACUGGUCACGGUCCUCAUUGGGAUGAAUGACAUUUGUGAUUACUGCAAAGACAAAACACUCUUCUCUGUGGAUAACUUCAUCCAGCACAUCACAGAGUCUCUUCAAAUGCUGAUGGAUGAGGUCCCAAGGCUGAUUGUGAACGUUGUGCAAAUCCUGACCAUGAAGUCACUGAGGGACGUUCAGAAGCCAACAUUGGGCUGCCAGUUGCAGAAAACUUUCUGCUCCUGUUUGGUGUUACCAGAGGAAAACUCGACCGAACUGCAGGAAGUUGUCGACCUCAACCGAGAGUUCCAGCUUAGAUUGGAGAAGCUUAUCCACAGUGGCCGGUUCUUCAAGGAUGACUUUGCAGUGGUUCUUCAGCCUUAUCUCACCAACACAGAACUUCCCAAGUUACCUGAUGGCACCGUUGACUUCAGCUACUUUGGACCUGACUGUUUCCACUUUACUAUUAAAGGCCAUGAAGAGUUGGCCAAGGGAUUGUGGAACAACAUGUUUCAGCCAGAGGGUAAGAAAGAUAUUAUUCCCAGCCUGACCGAUCCCAUCAAGCUGAUCUGCCCUCCACAGGACCACCCUUACAUAUACACAAAACCACAAUCACUACCCUCAGCUGCUGCAAGCAAACAAGGUCUCCUGACUCUUUUGAUGGUGACCAUGUCCUUGACACUACUGGCCGGUUUCUGAUCAUGUCCUGCAAUCAGAUUUGAGCUCUUUCAACCAUCAGCCAGCGUGAAACAUUCUAACUGAUUCUUUUCAUAUAUAUAACAAUGAAGUUAUGAUAUAAUGCUGUGCCUGUUUUAAUGAACAACAUGCUUGAUUUAUUUUGUGGUGUCUGCAGUGAUAAAGUACUGCCGACAGAGGGCAGCCUCUAUCUUUUAUUUUCUGUCUUGUUCUCGCAAGCUGAUAAAACCAUGUAACGGCUACUCAACUUGAUACUGUACGAGUCACGAUGACUGUACUUCCAGUAGUAAAGGUUAUGCAUAUAAGUAUGUACAAACAAUGGCGUGGUGGUGGUGGUGACGACGUGGUGGUGAAAGUAGGCUAAUUGAUAACAGAUAUGGAUUUACAUUUCACGAAAGUAUAAUCCUUAAAAUAAAAUAAAAAUCGUCGAAAAUGGCCAGCUAUCUGUUUAUUUCCCCCAGAAACGAAACCAUGGAUUUGUGCAUUUCUAUUUUAGGCUACAACUGAAGAACAUCAUGUAGGCAUUGGACAUUGGAG